AAAACAAGUCCUCUUUGCUCAUGCACUGCUCCAGGAGAGAAAGGGCUACUUAGGUAAAGUGUUGUGCCUAUGUAAAGAGAAUUAACGUUUUUUUCAACCAGAGUAUCCUGGCAGCUGAAUUAUCUGAGUCAUAUUUGUGGCAGAAACAGCUCAAGACCCAGACUGUUUGGUAGCUGGGAAACAUGUGGCGAACCCAGCCCAUUGUAUUCUUCCUUCUCCUGGGGCUGAGCAUCCCAAAAGCAAAAGGCAAUUGUAAAUACAUAGAGUCUCAGCUCCAUUGUGUCUGUUCACUGGCAGGCAGGGCUGAUUUUCAAAACUAUCUUUCUUGCCUCGCUGCUGAAACAUACGAGCUUCGCGGAGGAAACCUGGAACACUUUCAAACCUUUUCUGGACUCAAGCCAAGCCCCCCGAUGAUUGAUAUUCUGAGGGCUCUGCAAGUGAAGAGGCUUGUUUUCACAGACGUCCUUAUACCCGAGAUCCUCUUGCCGGGAGCCUUAGAAUUUGUUUCCUACGCUCCCCUGGUUUCAGAACUUAAAUUCACAAACUGCACUUUCCUGAACCCUGUCCCCUGGAGCUACACGGGCGGCUUGGACCUGAGGGUGCCCUCCUUGUGCUUGCACAGGGUGGUUGCCGCACCCCUGGGGGGCAGGCUCGGCACGUUCGGCCUGGGCAGGUGGCUGCGCAGCCUGGAAAAUCUGACCGUGACGGAGUCGCAAGUGACGUCGGUCCCAUGCGCGACGGGCAAGAUGUUCUCGUCACUGCAUUUUCUGGAUCUUUCAGGGAACCGUUUCCAGGAGCAGGGCAUCGCCUCGUCGUUCUGCGAAGGCGCUUUCCCUCAGCUGCAGAUACUAAAGCUGCAGCGCAACAGCCUGACCUCUUACGGGGCAGCGUGCCAGGCUCUCAGCCGUCUCCAGGCGCUCACCCACCUGGACCUGAGCCAGAACCACUUCCUGCCCGAAGACUCGUCCUCCCACUGCUCGUGGCCAGCCUCACUGCGUAUUUUCAAUUUAUCCAACACAGGCUUGGAACACAUGGACAGAUCUCUGCCUCGCAAUGUCGAAAUACUCGAUCUGAGUGCCAAUAAGAUGCUUACCCUCGACCUCUCAAUCCCUAGCUUAAAAGAACUGUACCUGUCCAACAACAGCCUGCAGGCCGUACCCUCAGUAGAUGAACUUCCAGGGCUGAAGGUUCUCAGUUUAGACCAGAACCAGCUCUCACAUCUUCCUCUAAAGGCCCUGCUGCGUUUGGAACAUCUGCAGAGCUUGAAGGCUGGCCACAACCUCUUUAACUGCUCCUGUCGCAAUUAUAUCACCGACAUCCAGGGGCUGGCCGCAAAGCCGUCCUUGCUGCAAGGCUGGCCUCGGGAGUACCUGUGCAGCUCCCCACCCAACUACCAGACCCAGCAGGUAGCAGAGGUACCCCUUCCAUCACUGCAGUGCAACAAGGCUCGCAUCAGCCACGGCUCGCUCAUCACUCUGCUGCUGUGCCUUCACCUGGCCUGUGCCUUGCUCCCAACGCCGCUGUCUUCCCACAUUUCUUCCAGCUAGUUCUGCAGUAUCCGGGCACUUCACCUUUGCCAGCAUGCAGGAUCCAAUUCAAUUCAUGUGUAAAUCACAAAAUUAAGUUGGGGGAGGGGGAGCCUUAUUGGGAAACUGGGAUGAAUAUAGAAUUGUAGAGAAGAGCAUGUUUAUCUUAGAAUAUUCCAUGGUAAUGUGGAAAUAACUAUUGCUGCAUAUGUACUUCUGGCCAAAAAUAUUUUAUUAUCCCUUUUAAUGCAAUUUCUAACGACUUAGGCGUUACGGUUGGCUUGGAUUGGCCCCUCAGUCGAACCAUGCUGACUCCCCUGACCCAGGUCCAGGGGAUGAAGUGUUCUUUCCUUCAGGCAGCUGCAGGUCUCUGCCAAAGUCCAGGUCGUCUUGGUGCUGGCUUGGCAGUGCCGGUUCCCUGGCGGAAGGCACCUCUAGGCCACGUGGCUGAGGCUUGUGGGGAGCAAACUGCCCAGCUUCCUAAGCCACGAACACACUUCCAGGAUCCAGCUCAGAGGUGUGCCAUCCUUUGAUAAUCCUUUUCCUAUUUUUUCUAUCUGUCUAAACUGUUUUAAGAACUAUACUGUAUAUUAUACAGAUUCUCUCUCCACAGUACCUGUAAUUAUUUUAUUAUUACUGUACUAUUAUCAUCAUUAAAAUGCUGUGUUGUGUUUAAGAUGUUUUAAUGUACAUGGAAGUGUUACUGAAGUGUUUUAUAUGCUUUUUAUGUAUGUGAUCUGCUUUUUAUGUAUGUGAUCUACAAAGUAAACCUAAAGAUGAUUUUAGGAACAGACCCUGCUGUGAACCUGGAAAAGGGGUGUACUUUGAGAAAAUAAAGCUUUGGGCAUCCUCUGAUCUUUCA